AUGAGUGCUGCUGCUGUUGUACGAAAGAAGAGAUAUAAUGUGCGUGACACAUCUAAGUUUCUAAAAACUGUGGGUGGAUCUAAGGAGCACUGCUGUGUGCCACUUUGCUCUGCUUCAAGUCGUUAUAACACUCAUUUGAGCUUCCACCACUUCCCGAAGGACACCAACCUUCGUGCGCAGUGGCUGCACAAAAUUAGGAGGGCACGAUUUUCGGUGACCACCCAUACUAAGGUAUGCAGCCGACAUUUCCACGUGAAAGAAAUUCACACUACUGCUAAGGGUAGACGGGUUUUAGCAGUAGGUUCAGUUCCAUCGUUAUUCGAGUGGAAUAACUACACUACUGCUUCACGGGCCGGUGUUUGGGAGCGCCGAUCUCGACCACCAAGUCCAGAACCUGACCCGCCGGGGCCUGAUGAAGACCUCGAGCAACCAGUCAUGGUCCCGAUGGUCAUGGACCACGACUACGGGGCCAGUCGUACUAUCGAGGCACCAACAGCAAAAAUUGUUAGGGUCACCAGGGCAAAGAAUACCUAUGCUACUACCACAACAAUUGAAAGCCUUUCAACCAGACCAACUAAACUGCUGCCGAUCGAUGAGUUCUUCCUCUUCCUCACAUACCUGUCCACUGGCUGUACCCAGAGAGAGUUGGGUCAUAGAUUCAACAUCCACAGAGCAACAGUCAGCCGGAUCAUUGUGACCUGGGCCAACUUCCUCUACAGCUUACUGGGCUCGGUCUGUAUAUGGAUGUCUCCUGCAGCUGUGAAGGCCAGUCUUCCACCCGACUUCAAUGGCAGCUACAGCGACACACAAGUAGUGCUUGAUUGUACAGAGCUACGGUGUCAAACCCCUUCUUCCCUUCUCCUUCAGAGUGAAGUUUUUUCAAACUACAAGUCCCACUGCACCUUUAAGGCUAUGGUGGGCAUGUCCCCUCAUGGAGCACUGACUUUUGUGUCAGCACUCUUUGAGGGUUCCAUGAGCGACAGAGAGGUGUUUCGUCAGUCAGGGAUUACAUCACUCUUAACACCUGACAUGGCCAUAAUGGUGGACAAGGGAUUCUUGGUGGAUGACCUUGUACCUGGGCCUGUUCAUCGUCCUGCCUUCCUCUCCAAGAGGGCCCAAAUGUCAGAGGUGGAUGUUCUGAAGACGCAGUCCAUUGCCCGUUUGAGGGUGCACGUUGAAAGGUUAAUCAGAAGAGUAAAAGAGAAUAAACUGUUUGAUACCACUAUCCCUCUCUCCAUUGCCGGGAGCAUUAACCAAAUCUUCACCGUCGCCUGUCUCCUCUCAAACUACCAGAAUGGACCUCUGGUCAAGAAAUGGAGAUUAUGA